AUGCUUUUUGAUCAUCCUGAGAAAAAUGAGCUUUGGCCUCCAGACCCAAUAAAGCAAACAUUCCUCCCAUGGGGAAUAGUGCUGGUUCCUGAGGACCUGGAGGGCCUGCAGCCCCAGGGGGAUUAGCCAGAAGCAGGCCUGUUUUCCUGCUCAGGACAGCGUGGCUUCCUUGAACAUGUCUUUCAUUAUGAUUCACGCUAACUUGAAGAAAAAAUUCAGCUGCUGUGUGCUGGUCUUUCUCCUGUUUGCAAUCAUCUGUGUAUGGAAGGAAAAGAAGAAAGGGAGUUACUAUGAGUCCCUUAAACUGCAAACCAAGGAAUUCCAGGUGUUGAAGUCUGGUUCCCAAUCUGUGUCUUCAAGCGGCACCCACAACCCCCAGAGGGGCAGCCAGGCCCUCAGUGGUCCCAAGGCCAAGCCGGAGGCUACCUUCCAGGUGUGGAACAAGGACAGCUCCACCAAAAACCUUAUCCCCAGGCUGCAAAAGAUCUGGAAGAAUUAUCUGAGCAUGAACAAGUACAAAGUGUCCUACAAGGGGCCAGGGCCUGGUGUUAAGUUCAGUGCGGAGGCCCUGCUUUGCCGCCUUCGGGACCACGUGAACGUUUCAAUGGUAGAGGCCACAGAUUUUCCCUUCAACACCUCUGAAUGGGAGGGUUACCUGCCUAAGGAGAACAUUAGGACCAAGGCUGGGCCGUGGGGCAGGUGUGCUGUCGUCUCAUCAGCGGGAUCUCUGAAGUCCUCCCAACUGGGUCAAGAAAUAGAUGGUCACGAUGCAGUCCUGAGGUUUAAUGGGGCACCCACAGUCAACUUCCAACAAGAUGUGGGCACGAGAACCACCAUUCGCCUGAUGAACUCUCAGUUGGUCACCACAGAAGGGCGCUUCCUCAAAGACAGUUUGUACAAUGAAGGAAUCCUAAUUGUAUGGGACCCGUCUGUUUACCAUUCAGAUAUCCCAAAGUGGUAUAAGAAUCCCGACUACAGUUUCUUCGAUAACUUCAAGAGUUAUCGUAAGCUUCAUCCUGAUCAGCCCUUUUACAUCCUCAAGCCCCAGAUGCCUUGGGAGCUGUGGGACGUCAUUCAAGAAAUCUCCCCCGAGCAGAUUCAGCCAAACCCCCCGUCUUCUGGGAUGCUCGGCAUCAUCAUCAUGAUGACACUGUGUGACCAGGUGGAUAUUUACGAGUUUCUUCCAUCCAAGCGCAAGACUGACGUGUGCUACUAUUACCAGAAGUUCUUCGACAGCGCCUGCACGAUGGGCGCCUACCACCCACUCCUCUUUGAGAAGAACAUGGUGAAGCACCUCAACCGGGGCACGGACGACGACAUUUACCUGCUUGGAAAAGCCACGCUGCCUGGCUUCCGGAGCAUUCGCUGCAGAGCAUAAGCUGCCUGGCCAGGCCCCCUCACCCUUCUCCAUCGGGCAUUUUACAGCUGGCCUCCUGGCCACCCUGGGCCCAGGAAGGCUGUUCCUGAAUGAUCACUGCCUGCGCUCCAGGCAGCAAGAACCUUCAGGAAUCCAAGGGCAGGGACCCAGGCCCAGCCUGCCCUUUUGUCAUGGGGGUGUGUGCAUCGAGAGCUUCCCACCACACUCAUGUACACAUGCCUAGGAUUCCUUCCAGUCAGAGUCUUCUCUGCCCCUCCCCUGCACAGGUAAAUGCAAGAUCCACCUUUCCCAGCAGGGCUGC